ACUCGCGGGCACACGCACGGCUCCGCGCUCUCUCUCUCUUUCUCGUGCGCGCCGCUCCGGGGCUCUGUGUAUCGGAUCAUGGUGUCCGGCGUGUGCGCCCGUAAGUCCGCGGCUCGCCGCUCGCGCUCCGCUCUCAUCGUCGCGCUGACGGUUCUGCUGUUACAGACGCUCGUGGUGUGGAACUUCAGCAGCCUGGAUUCGGGAGACGGCGCGGGCGAGGACGGAGGAGCAGCCGCCGCUGCCGGAGGAGGAGGCGCUGGAGGAGGCAGGGAGAAAAGGGACCGGCUGGCCGCUGUCGAGUACCCGAGGAGCGGCGUCCACAGGCGGCAGCAGCCUCCGCCACCCCCGCCGGGCAGAGCGGCUCUCCGACACAGACAGCAGCCGGAUGUCUACUACUCCCACCGGCCCAAGGAGAAAGUCCGCGUGGACAGCAACAACGAGAACUCGGUGCCGAAGGACUUUGAGAACAUAGACAACAGCAAUUUUGGCAAGCCCACCAAACACAAGCAGGAGCUGCUAGAAAAGGCCCACGCCCAGCGAGGCCUGACCAAAAGCUCCAACGAGGUGGUCCGGUACGGUCCUGGCGUGGGCAGCCCCAAUAGCACGCGGACCGCACUCCGGCCAGGCUCCUCACACUCCACCCCGCAUCCCCAGCGGGCCCAGCCCCACCGCCAUCAUGUCCAGCAUUCCAGACGGCCGGCCGCCCCCACCCCCGACAUCAAGUACGACCAGCCGCCCAAAUGCGAGAUCACAGGCAAGGAGGCCAUCUCAGCCCUCUCCCGCGCCAACACCAAGGAGUGCCGGCAGCAGAUAGCCGAGGUUUACUGCCGCCACAAAGAGAAGCAGCUGAUGCCCGAGAAGGUCACUCGCUACUGCCCCCUAGAAGGGAAGGCGAGUAUGAACGUGCACUGGGAGGAGGACUCCAUGGAGACGGUGCCGGCGGUGCCCGUGCGGAUCGCCUUCAUGCUGGUGGUCCACGGCCGAGCGACCCGGCAGGUGCAGCGCCUCUUCAAGGCCAUUUACCACACGUCUCACUUCUACUACAUCCAUGUGGAUCAGCGGUCGAAUUACCUCCACAGGCAGAUGCUGGCGCUGGCCAAUCAGUACCCGAAUGUGCGGGUCACUCCCUGGCGCAUGUCCACCAUCUGGGGCGGUGCCAGCCUGCUGAGCAUGUACCUGCAGAGCAUGAGGGACCUGCUGGCCAUGGCUGAGUGGCCCUGGGACUUCUUCAUCAACCUGAGCGCUGCAGACUACCCCAUCAGGACGAACGAUCAGCUGGUGGCCUUUCUGUCAAAGUACCGCGACAUGAACUUCAUCAAGUCUCACGGGAGGGACAACGCACGCUUCAUCCGAAAGCAGGGCCUGGACCGGCUGUUCUUCGAGUGCGACACACACAUGUGGCGUCUGGGGGACAGGAAGAUUCCGGAGGGGAUCUCGGUGGACGGCGGCUCCGACUGGUUCCUGCUGAAUCGCGCGUUCGUGGAGUACGUCAUCAACUCGGAGGACGACCUGGUGACCAGCAUGAAGCGCUUCUACGCCUACACGCUGCUGCCGGCCGAGUCUUUCUUCCACACCGUGUUGGAGAACAGUCCCCACUGUGAGAGCAUGGUGGACAAUAACCUGCGCAUCACUAACUGGAACAGAAAGCUGGGCUGUAAGUGCCAGUAUAAGCACAUCGUGGACUGGUGCGGCUGCUCUCCAAACGACUUCAAACCCUCUGACCUGCCGCGCUUCCAGCAAACGACCAGGCCCACUUUCUUUGCACGGAAGUUUGAGGCCAGCGUGAAUCAGGAAAUCGUGAACCAGCUGGACUCCUUCCUCUUCGGCAGCCUCCCUCAGGGCACGCCGGGCCUCAGCUCUUACUGGGAGAACAUGUAUGAUGAGGCAGACGGCGUCCACAGCCUGAGUGACGCCCUCCUCACACAUUUCCAUGCUUUCGCCCGCCUCGGCCUGACUCGAGCCACCAGCUCGCUGCAGGGCGACUCCAGCGACACUCGCUGCAGGUACUUUGCCAUGGGCCACCCCGUGUCUGUGCAUAUCUACUUCUUGUCUGACGAGUUUCAGGGCUACCUGGUUCGACAUCACGCCACCAACCUGGCCACCAGCAAGCUGGAGACUCUGGAGACCUGGGUGAUGCCCAAGAAGUUCUUCAAAUUCACCAACCCGCCAAACAGCUUCAACAGACUGCAGCUUGCGGAGAUUGGGACGGACUGGGACGCUAAGGAGAGAAUCUUCCGGAACUUUGGGAACCUGAUGGGUCCGACGGAUGAGCCGGUUGGGAUGCAGAAGUGGGAUAAAGGGCCCAACGUGACGGUGACCGUGGUGUGGAUCGACCCCACCAACGUCAUCGCCGCCACCUACGACAUCCUGAUCGACGCGAGCGCCGAGUUCACGCACUACAGACCCCCACUCAACCUGCCCCUGCGGCCCGGCAUGUGGACGGUCAGAGUGCUGCACCACUGGAGCCCCGUGGCUGAAACGCGCUUCCUCAUCACCCCCCUCACGCACCACAAACACCUGCCCAUCCGCCAAGAGGAGGCCCUGAAAGUGCACAACGGCCCGGCCAAGAACAGCUACAUGGAGCAGAGUUUCCACGGGCUGAACCCCAUCCUGAACAUCCCCGUGCACCUGGGCGAGGUGGAGGCGGCCGAGCACAACGCAGGGUUGACCGGCGCCAAGCUGGAACGCUGGGUGGACAGCCUGGUGGGCGAGGUGUGGUCGGCAGUGGACGUGUGUUCCACGGCACCCAGCGGCUGCCCCGUCAUGCAGACGUGCAGGGAGGCGGCCUGGAGCUCCCUCAGCCCGGACCCCAAAUCUCAGCUGGGCCCUCCCAGGGCAAACGGCAGGGUCAGGUAGCAGCAGCCGCACGGCCGCCGCUACUGCCCAACCUGUUUGUGUUGUUGUUAUUUUUGUGUUUUUUCUUUAUUUAUUUCUUUACCAUCACUCAUAUGAGUCAGAGCGUCGUCGCUCUUGUCGCAGCUCUCAGAUACAGUGCGAGUCGUGCGAAGGUGUACGAAGUAAGAACUGUUAGCCGAUGUUUUGCCGGGCGUUUCACUUGUAGUCAUGUGAGUGUUGUUGAGCUUUUCUCCUCUAUUUAUUUUAGGUUUGAAAACUGAGAUAACUGUGAUCGAACUUUUGCUAAACAGAUGAGAUCGAGAUGCCUUUUACGCAGGCUUUGCUGCUGGAAGCUGAAAGUCAUGAAGGUCUUUGCAAGCACAGAAAGGACCGAAACACUGGUAGUGUGACCAAAAGGCGUACAUUUACAGUAAGCCUGUCUUUAACAAUACAAACCUCCACACACAGAAGCAUGCAGUUCACUAAUACAAGACUCAGUACUGUGCAAAAGGCACAGCCUUUAUGUCUGCAAUUUCCUAUCAAGACAGCCAUUAAGUACAAGAUUUGUAAACGUGUGGUUCUUAGUUGACCCCAAAACUGCCCCAUCAGAUAAACAGCACUUAAAGCUUUGAGAAGAUCAAGCUGCUUCAGAUCUGAAAACAUCCACAGGUGUUUCUGUCCAUCCUUGCGCUGUGAGAAAACCACUCAAAGGUCUGAAAGGACGUGUAGCUGAUCAAGAAGAACGUCACUGAGAAAAGGAGAUCAGGAGAUUCAGCACCACUGAAUGGGUUUGAUCAUCAACCAGCUUCUCAGCCUGAGCUUUGGAGGCGUGUCUGCAGGUUCUUUGAGGAGCUGGAAGUGAGGCUCCUGAGAAGAACGGAAGCUGGAAUGAAGGUGCAGAGGCUCACUGACCCUCACAGAUGUAAUCAGAUAUUUUUGAUGAUUGACACGAAUAAAUUGAUGCGCGAUAAGCAAGAAUCGCCGUGUGGGGAAAAAAAGAACUAAAGAGCAACAAUUUACCAGCUUGAUUAAUCAAAUGAAACAAAUACUAUGAAAACAACAUUUAAUUCAUUUCUAUUAUUGAAAUCCUGGGUGAUUAUGAGGCCUUUAAAAGCCUUUAGGCUGCAGUAAAUUCCCUACUGUCUGUUCUGUACAACUUAGGGGUCCUAGUGGUUCAGACUUUUAAUUAUUUAAAAAAUUAUGAAAACUAUACCAAUAUAAUGCUAUAUGGCCAAAGGCAUCUAUAGCUGAAUUCCAGAGUGACUCCAGUAUAACGACGGAAGACAGCUCGUUACUUUAAUAUGUAAAGCAUGUGGGCGUGGCUUUGCAGUUGGCAACAGGGAGCACUAUUAGCACACCAGUCACCAUGAACCCACACCAGAAGAAGCUGUGAACGCACACGUUGCAUUAACAUGCAUCAAACCAACAGGUGGCGCAGUUUUCUAAAGGGCUCUUCGGGAUUUCUGAAUAUGUUUAUUAAAGAUUUUCACUAAAGAUUUUUCCUGUUUUGAAACAGCUUAUAAACUAAAAAAUAGUUGCUCAAAGCUGCAGCGGACCACACGUGUAGUUCGGAGAGGUGGGAACGGAAUUUAAUCACUAAUCAAAUCACUAAUCAUUAAACUUUAUAAUUCAAAAAUAUCACUUUCGAUCGUUUCCUGAGACGUCUGAGGAAAAAUGAAUGUGUACUUAAUGGCUCUUCUGACUGGAAAUGCAGCGAAUGAAAGGUCUCUGAAUUUUGUCACACAAGGCAACCCCAGAUCUCACGCUACGGAUUAGCCCCGUGAAGUACUGAGCUGCAACAGCGAGAGCUCUGAUUCGGUUUGAAGGGAGUAAUGCUCGCCUCCUGCUGGUCGGAGUCAGUGUUGCACUUUUCCCGGGCUCAUUUAUAGGAGUGAAUGUUGAAUUAAUUGCCAAAUAGAGUUGAACAAGGCCACACUCCCACGUUUCCACGAGUGCAAGAUGGAGCGAGAGACGCUCCUUUUGACCUGCCGGGCUGCCUCUCUCUUCUCUCUCUCUCUCUUUAUCUCUCUCUCUCUCUCUCUCUCUUCUCCCUCUCUCUCUCUCUCUCUCUCUCUCUAUCUCUCUCUCUAUCUCUCUCUCA